AAAAAAGGGAGGAAAAGAGAAAAGAGGAGGAAAAGAGAACCAUGAUGAUGAUUUGAUGACGACUGAGCGAGAGGUGAGGUGGGAGGGCACAAAAAUCAUGGAAAAUGAUGAUUUCUGUCACAUGCAGCGCUGGGCUCUGCGGCCGCUGUGUGUUCAGGAGGUGGUGAGGAGGCCUACGGUAGCGUUGGUUGGCUGCCCGUGCAGUACUUGAGGGCAGACGUAGGCAUCUGCGGCUGAGGGCCUCACUCACAGGUGGACAAACACAGAAGAAUUCGAAACACCACCGGCCCGGGGUGACCAUCCAUGCGGAUUGUUUGUGUGUCAUGCAGACGAGGUCAUUGAGCCGUCGGCUGCAGCUAUGCAGCAAGAUGGCAACGACGGGGUUACCCAUCCGGUACGUUACCAUGAACCGCCUGCUGCCGCGCACAUCUGUCUGGAUGGUGUGUGUAUGUGUGUGUGUGUGUGUGUGUCCGUGCUGCAGGAAGCGACUCGCGAUGAGUACCUCCGUCGGUGGAGACAUGAGAUGGAUCGCAUCAAAAAACUCGUCCAAACGCUAGAAGCGCAAGUGAGUGGGGUGAGGGAGGGGUGGUCCAUGUGUGUGUGCUCCGUGUGUCGUCCAUCCAUGCUUGUUCCGUGUGUGAUCCAUGCGUCGUUGUUGUUGCAGGUAGCUGGCAACGAUGCCUCGCUGACUGUGGGCGACCUGUCUGUGGUGGUGGGCCACGUGAGCCGUGAUGGCGGCUGUCUCAAGGAGGCGGCCGACUAUCUGAGCAACAUACACAACACCAACUCACUGCAGGGCGGAGUGGCAGAGGUAUGUGUGCAUCACAGCUCACACACAUUCCUACUCACCUGUAUCUCUGUGUGUGUUGUCUGAGCAACAGGGUGGCGGUAGUGGUCGUGCGGAUGAUCUGGCCGUGGAGAAGACUCAGAAGACUUCUCAUGCAUCAUCCAUAUCGGUGUGUACGUUGAAAACAGCCAGCCAGGCAAACCACCAUCUGCCCUCUAAUCUUCUCUUUGUGUGUGUGUGUGCAGGUAGCUGGUGUGUCGGAUAGCAAGCGGGCGCGCGUGGAGGACCGAUCGGGUCGUUGUCAUGUGGCUGCAGCUGCAGCUGCUGCUGGUGGUAGUGACGAUGGUACGCACUAGUCGACCCGACUGACACAGAAAGUGUGUGCAUCAAACUCUCACGCAUCGAUUCACCCAACGCCGUCUGUCUGUCUGUCUGUCUCGCUGUUGUGUUUGCAGUUGAUGUGCUGAGCCCCCAGCAAGACGACCAGGGACACGACCAAGAGCUGCAACAUGCGAACGUCAGCCUCGACACAAAUGAAGCGGCUCAUUGGGGCACUCGCCACAUUCUCUCUCUCUCUCUCUCUGUGUGUGUGUGUGUGUGUGCGUGUGUCAGGUUGUGGGUGGGCCGUGUUUAUGCGACCUGGAGGGCCCGCUGCUGUGUGAAAUGGCCUCGUGGCUGACCACCAUCGAGGCCAUGUCCUCUGCCUCCUCAACAAGGGCAUCAACAGCAUAGCCGACUACACCGCCAACCACCACCCGAGCAGCGCCCAAGACGGCAGCAGCAAGGCCUCGCCCUUCGGCAUCUACCGCAACCUCACCAUCGCUAAGGAGGAAGUCGCCAUGUGGAGCAACCUCGAUCUGGCCACAAAAAAACGCCUGAAGGGCAAACUGGUGAGCGAGACCCACACCGUGCCGCGCACAUCCGCCCACGACACUCAGACAUGUGUGUGGAUCUGUCUGUCUGUCUGUCUGUCUGUUGGUCAGGGCAACGUCACGACAGCCCGCAUCCCGGCAUCUGCAGGACCAUGCAAGGACUACAACUCGCGCCGUCGUUCCUUCAUAGCGACAUGUCUGGCGAAGGCCAAGGCAUCCCUCAAACACCUUUACAUCGACCGCGGUUUCGGGAACUUCAACUUUAGUCGCCGUUCGCCGUUGCGUGCGUCCCCUCCGGUGGCCUUCACGGCACUCACCAACCUGCACGUGGAAUGCGACGAGUGGAUCGGAUACUUCGGGUGAGUCUGGCUGACCAUGCACACAUAUUCAUCUGUGUGUUGUUGAUUUCUGCAGUGAAGCCAUGUGGACCUUCCCUGCCCUCAAAGACUGCCGAGGUCUCCGCGUCGCUCUUGGUGCCCUCGGGGGCCUCACCCACAUCAUGAGCUCCUCCCCUCAGCUCAUGACACUCACAGGCAACAUCAGCUGUUUCGGCAGCCACCUCAUCGCUGCCCUUGGCCAGUGCAGUCGCCUCACCACCAUCCGUGGGCUGGCCGUCGACAAGUGUGCGUUGAGGGAUGGUCAUCUGGCUGAGCUGCAGAGGUCUCUGGACCCCCACUGGAGCAAACCGGACAUGCAAGGUGAGUGACAGACGAAGUCCGUAGUGACAUGCUUGAUGCACUGAUUGAUGCCUUGUGUUUCUAUCAUCGAUCCAUCAGGAGUGGUCAAGACAAUCGAGUUGGUGUACGAAUGCCCCGUCGGCCACAACUUGGGCGACCUGACCCGCCCCCUGCCCGACUUUCUCGCGUGGGCCCGACAGGUCGGCGCCACGGUCGAGUGGCGGCUGAACCGCGGCAACUCCAUGACGGUCGACUGCAGCAAGGAGCCGUCGACUGUCUUCCCUGCUGUGCGUGGCCCUGUAGCUGACGUGGUCAACCAACUCGCCAAACAAGCCGAGAGGGUAAGUGGGAUAACGAAUGGACAGACAAGGAACAAAUCGCAUGGUUCGUAUGUAUGGCUGCCUUCGUCUCAGGUGUGGCUGUGGUGUGGCGGCACGCCUCUGGACGAGUCGUGGAAGGACGUGCUCAACUUUCCCAACGUGCGGCAGCUGCACAUUAUCCAAUGGAUGGAUGACAUUGACGAGCAGAGCGUGCAGAGCGUGUCGGACAGCAUUCCCCCAUUCAUGACGGCGGUCGACGAGGCCGGCAACAACGUGUGUUUUCCUGCAGUCGAGCACCUCGAGUCCAGGCUGGCGUAUCUGUUUCACUUUUCCCAACCCCCUGAGGGCGCCUGGCAUUUUCCUGCCGGCCCCAACAAACUUGGCACACUGCUAGGCAGCCUGCGCCACGUCAGAUCAGUCGAGUUCAGCACCUCUGACCUCUGGGUCUUCUCUGAGUGCCUGCCUCUCCUGCCCACUGAGCGCCUAGAUAAGCUCCGGCUCGAUUUUGGCCAUCACGUGCGUGCGUUGCCUGACACAUACCCACCACACACACGCCCUGCCGUGGCAUCGCUGUCGUUUGAUGGCAUUGAUGGGAUUGGUCUCAGCAAAGAUGAGGCCUUGUUGGUGACGAGUGUUGUGACCCACGUGCGACCGUCCAAAGCGCAUCUGAGUCUGCCACUCGAUCCCAGUGAGUGUCAGCUAGGCGAGGAGGGUGCGUCAGAUGAGGAGCAGAUAGCCCAUGCAGAGAAGGAGCUGCGUGCAUUGGCGUGUGAGUGCUUCGAGCGGGUCAUGGCUUCGUACUCGCUUGAGAGCCUCACUGUCCAGUGCCAGGUGGAGGAGGAGGGGGAGGAAGAAGAGGAAAGCUUUCUGGGGUCCUGUGUACUCACGCUGGACCUGGUAGCUAAGGGCCAAUAGGGAGGCGAUGAGGG